AUGGUUUCAGUUUUCGCGGUGGUAACAAUUGAAGUGACGGUGAUGGUUGAGGUACUUGUUAAUGUUGUAGUUUUGGUUGAUGAACAUGGUUUGGUAACAGUUUUCACGAUAACGGUCGUGGCGGAAACAGUUUUUGAGCCUGGACAGUUCGUGGGACAUACAAUUUUAGUACUACAACAUGUCUUAAUGCAGACAUUUCUUUUGGCAGUUACUGGUUAUAAGAAUAAAAGUAUUGAGAAAACUAGAGUAAUUGCGACGAAAAAAAAAGGUUCUUUUCAACAUCAUCAUUGA